AUGGAUGGCUCGCUAAGCUCAGUGCAGAAUGUCUUACAGGUUCUCAAGGAAUUCGAGUUGAGGUCUGGACUGGCAGUCAGUGUGCAAAAAUCUUCCUUUUAUGCUUCGGGACUAACACAAAAGGAGGUUGAUGCUAUCCAAGUCUCCACGGGCAUGCCCAAUGGGACCCUUCCUGUUCGCUACCUUGGGGCUUCUCUUAAUAAAAACGGUGGUGGCGGGAAGACUAGACAUGCAUCACUCAGCAAAGGUCUCAUGGGAGGUGGUGACCAAGGAAAAAUCUACUGGAGGAUUGAGAGAUCGAUAUGGGUUGGAUGGUUCAAGACUGAGGUUUUAAAAGGUUCCCUAUCUAACUUCUGGACUAUGAAAGCGACAACAACAAACUCUUGGUUGGCUAACAAGCUGUUUAAGUUAAGAGAUGAAGUCUUUACCUGGAUAAAGAUGAAAGUGGGAAAUGGAGAAUCAUGUAGAUUAUGGUCGGAUAACUGGUCCCCCUUUGGGAAGCUCUCGCAAUUUAUACUGAGCGAUCAAACUUCUCGCAUGGGCAUUGAUGCAAACUCCACUGUCUCAGACCUCUUUAUUGAUGGGAGAUGGAUGAUUCCCCCGGCGCGGUCAGAGAAAAUGGUACAACUACACAUCUUCUUCACUGCUUUUGCCCUCACUGAUACAGAAGAUUGCUAUGAAUGGGUGAUUGAUGACAAACCGAUUUCAAGAUUUAACACCAGUCAGGUUUAUCAGAAACUAAGGGGUCAGGAAACUAGCGUACCUUGGGCUCAAAGCGUUUGGAUUACAGGAGGCAUCCCUCGCCAUACUUUUCUCACUUGGCUGUUCAUCUUGAAUCGAUGCCCUACUAGAGACCGUCUUCGGAGCUGGGGACUCCAGACGGAUGUUGUGUGCCUGCUCUGCAACCAGGAGCCUGAAACUAGAGAUCACUUAUACUUCCACUGCCCCUUCAGCUUUGCAAUCUGGGAGGAAAUUGGGAGGAGAUGUGACCUGCAACCGCUAAAAAAUUGGGAUCAUACCAUGAUUCAGAUGCAAUCUCUUCAAGGAAACAAAUACAAGAAACGACUUACCCUUCUCUGUUGGCAAUCAUCGAUUUAUUGGAUUUGGCAGGAGAGGAAUAAGAGGCUUCACAAUCAACAAUUUCGAUCAUCAGAGGCUAUUACUACUCUCAUCACUCGUCAAAUCACGGAUCGGAUCUCCGGUUAUCGAUUGAACUCUCCGGCGAUUUCUUCGAUCUUCAUGCAACUUUGGUUUUCGACGCAAAUUUGA